UAAUAAUUUCUAAGAAUUUUGUUAGUUUAUACAACUCCGAAAAUUUUUGUUUUGUCAUUGUACGAAUGAACAUUCGUUUUUGUACUGUAUAUAUGGCCGCCAUUACACACAGUGAAAAACGUGUCCCUGUGAAAAACUCGUGUCGUUGCACAAUAAAAUAAAGAAUUUUUACGCAAAAUUCAUAGAUAAUUUGGAUAAAUUUGUGAAAAUCAAUGCAAUUCAAUGUUUUGCAUAUAAUUUUGAUAUCAAAUAAUGAAAUAUUAAGUGAAUUAAAUGGAAAAUUGAAUGUGAAAAAAGUAUGAAUUCAUAUGAGAACAAUCGAUUUUUUCGAUGAAAAAAAUUUUUUUCCAUCGUUCGUUGUCUUUUAGGUAGAAGAAAAAAAACGAAUGAAAUCGUGAAAUAAAUAAUGAGCUUCUCGCUCUGGCAAUAAGCCUCGCAGGGGAAGAAUAGAAAGAGAAGAAAAUAGAGUGAAUUUGUGUGCUAAGAAGAAGCAUAUUUAGUAAAAGAAGAAGAAAUGCGCGCGCCUUUUGGUAGAAAAGUGUGAAUGUGUGUGAGUGCAAAAAAGAAAAAAGAAUUUUCGGAGUAAUAAAAGAGUGAAUACGGUAUGUUUAAUCGUUAAUACAAUUUGUUAAAGAGUGAAGAGUUGUAAAACAGAUGUUCGAAAAUUCGGUAUUAGAGCGAGACGUGUAUAGUUGCAUGUUUGUUGUCUUUGUUUUAUUUAACGAAGUUUCAGUUCGUAUUCCGCCAUUACGGCGUAUAACAACCACGCUAUCUGCGAAAAAUCCAAACAUUAAGAAGAUAUUUUGUUAAAUUUCUUUAAAAAUAUUGUAAAUAUUUAAUGAAAAGUUAUUAAAAAUAUAAUAGCGUGGCAAAUUGUCAUUAAUAGAAAAGAAACAAAGUGAAUUCGCUUUCAAAUCUGAAUUGAAUAAAUUAGAUUGCUCGAAAAAAUGUUUUUCUAAAAGAAAACAAAUGAAUUGAGAAAUUAAAGAAAGAGCAAAUAUAAAAUUGAAAGAAUAAAAUUGUGUUUAUAUUACAAAAAGAAAAAAAAAGCAAAUCGAAAAUCAUUUGAGUGAAAAAGAACUAAAAAGUAUCAAUAACAAAGAAGUGUAAACACAAGUAAACAAAAUAAAACGGGAUCAUGUUUUCAAUAAAAAAUGCAGUUUAAUCUUGCAAAUAUUCAACUGUCAUUGCUGCUGCUGCCGUUGUUGCUGUUGUUCUUACUUUGAAUCGAAAAUAUGAAAUGUAUACAAAUGCUGUUGUUUAUGAUUGUAAUUAUGCAAAUUUAUUUAAGUUUUUCGAUUUCAAUUUGAAAAAUGUCGUCGUCUCAUAGCCCACACGAUUUGUUAUUGUUGCUUCCAUUGCAAAAAAGUAGUAGUUGUAAUUGUCAAUACAAAUUAAUAAAAAAUAAUAACAAUUAUUAUAAUAAUAACAACAACAAUAACAUUACUUAUAAUAAUUAUAACAACAUUAACAACAACAACAACAAAAAGCCGGAGAAUAUUUUGUUGUGGGUCCUGGUGGUACCACUACUAAUCUCUUCAACGACAACAACAUCAACAAAAAUAAAACAAAAUUCAUCCCAAACAGGUAAAUAUCCUGAAAAACAAAUUAAAAGGUCAUCAACAACUGUCAACACAGUAAAUACAACCGCGACGUCGAGAAGUAUAGACGUGCGACAAACAAAGAGCAUAAAGCUGUUAUUAAGAACCUUGACGGGUUCCUUAAUACAACAGAUUGUUUUGAAAAAUAUUAAUAAAUUUCAAAUACUACUAUUGCUACUCCACAACGCCGUACACUUAAGUCUAAUCAAAGAUCUUUACUGUCUGCGUAAAGUGGGUUUAGUGUUAGAUCAAACCUCUAAUACACGGUGUUGUAGUUUUCGUAUUUUCUCAAAAAAAUCAUCAUCCAACACCACAACAACACUAAAGAAAAGCAGCAGUGCUGCUCACUUUCUAUCACAACCAGAGGAGGCUUUUAAAUCUAGAUUGUUGUCAAGAUCAAUAGAGAAAACAACCCCAACUCCCAACAACUUGUCCAUAAAAGGCUCUGUCCAUCCACACUACCACUGCAUUGUCAUCAAUAUUAUUUAAGGAUUUUGUUACAAGGAUAAACCGUCUAACUGCUAUCACACCUUAAAUCUAUUAUCCUUCGUCUCUACAAUAAAAGCAAAAAACAAAAAGUUAUCAUUUAGUUCCCGUAUACUACAUUUUUGUUAAUACACAAUUAAAAAGCCAAAUUUAGUUCGUAAAGUAAAACAAAAAGGAAACAAGCAGCAUCAUGUCCAAAUUGUCAUUUAGGGCUCGUGCCCUUGAUCCCUCCAAACAAAUGCCAAUUUAUUUGGCUGAGGAGUUGCCCGAUUUGCCAGAGUAUUCGGCCAUCAAUCGAGCUGUACCACAGAUGCCUAGUGGUAUGGAAAAAGAGGAAGAGUCGGAGCAUCAUUUGCAAAGAGCAAUAUGUACGGGUCUUAUUAUACCAACGCCAGAAGUCUAUACCACCGAACAAGAUUUCUAUGAUAGAAAUUAUCCACCCAAUUAUCGUAUGCCGCGACAAUUGAUACAUAUGCAGCCGCUUGGUUUGGAACAAGAUGUACCCGAAUAUGAUAUGGAUAGUGAAGAUGAGUUGUGGAUAAAUCAACAACGAAAACGUCUAGAUCUAACACCAUUAAAAUUCGAACAAAUGAUGGACCGUUUAGAGAAGAGUUCGGGCCAGACAGUGGUUACACUAAAUGAGGCAAAAGCGCUGCUCAAACAGGACGAUGAGGUCAGCAUAGCCGUGUACGACUACUGGCUGAAUAAACGCCUGAAAAUGCAACAUCCAUUGAUACUAUCUGUUAAAACCGAGAAUCGACCGGGAGCCUCAUCAAAUAAUCCGUACUUAGCUUUUCGCAGACGCACUGAAAAAAUGCAAACGCGAAAGAAUCGUAAAAAUGAUGAGACUUCCUACGAGAAAAUGCUCAAGUUGAGGCGUGAUUUACAAAGAGCCACAACGGUUUUAGAGAUGGUUAAGAGACGUGAGAAAACCAAGCGUGAACAACUGCAUUUGUCCAUAGAAAUCUUUGAGAAGCGUGUGCAACUUAAAGACUUUAGCGGAGCUUUACUCUCAGAGCUCAGUGCAACACUUAAAAAUGCUAGACCUGCCUUUGCUCCUCUGUAUGCUAAUCAAUACUCGCAUCAUUCAUCCUCUUCGGGGGCUACCCCCACUGCUGUGGUACCAAGUGUGGCAUCCUCGGCAGGCGGUUUAAAUAAUGUAAUGGGUACGACAAACUUGCUUACACCAGCUUCAGCAGGUAAUGUAACAAAUCCAGGUGGUCAUUUGUAUUCAUCAGCAUCGCCGUUCCUGAACUCAGCGAAUCUUGCUAUGGCUGAUGGACUAAACUCGGGUAGUCGCAAAGAGAAACGACAGUAUAAGAAACGCAAGCAUAAAGUACCGCGUGAUAAGCAACAACUGCAUCAACAGCAACAACAACACUUACAACAGCAACAACAGUAUUUAGCUGGCAUUGGUGUCAUACCAGCGUCAGCCACCACGGGAGCUGUUUUAGGUGGAAAUGUUGCUAGUGGUGUUGGUGGUCUGACUGGUACUGCAACGCAUCCACAUCUGCCACUUCAUUUGCAUCACCUGCAUCGUCAAAGUUCAUCGCCAGCGCCAAAUGAAUCAAAUAUCGAGACCGAGGAAGAAGAUUUAGCGCACAAAAUCGGUUCGGAGAGUGAGGAAGAGGCUCCAUUUGCAUUUAGAAGAAAACAAGGCUGCGAUUAUUUGAAGACGAGAACCCAUACUGGCAAUUGGCCUUGGGAACCUAAAGAGGAUUAUGGCUUUGGUGACUCUAAAUAUCGUUACACACUCACCUCUAUCAGGCAUCCAAGACCACGUUGUAUUGGAUUUGCUCGAAGGCGUAUGGGUCGUGGUGGACGUGUAAUGCUCGAUCGUGUAGCAACGAAUUUUGAUGAGUUCUGGUCUCAACUUGAUUACACAGUUCUAGAAACGAAAACAAGCGAUUCCACAACCACCACCUCCGAUACAACGACUAAUAAGGAUACAAAUAAACCCGCCUCACCACCCACGGUUGUUGAUCUGGUGCCGCCAGCAAAUAUAGCAGCAAACCAUAUUGCAGGAGUACCGAUAGCAUCAACAGCCAACACAACAACAUCUGUAAAUAAUACAAAUACACCCGCCAUAACAAUUAAGAAGGAAAUCCCUGAAGUCAUAGAUCGCAAACAUACCAACGCCGAACCAAACAAUGCCGAAGAUGAAAAUGUUGAGGAUUUGGAAGGCUUAGCAGAAUGUGAAUAUGAAUUUUCAGAUGAUGAAAAUGAUUUGGAGGACGAAUUUGGUGUGCACAUACAACGGGAUCGCAGUUAUCAUUCGUGUGUAUCGAUGGCCAGAAAACGUCGACGCCGAAGAAGACAACAACUGCAGCAAAUGGAGAAGACAAAACGACGUAAAAUCAAUUCGACAGUGGAGCAGAAGAAUAUGGAAUUGGUUACGCGAAAAUUGCUGUACAAGUUGUCACAAUCUUUGGCGGUAGCAGAGGGUGGCGGUCCAAAUGAUCGUGUAAAUAACUUGUUGAACCAUACAGCAGUCGCCCUCAGCUCGGAACUAAGGCAAGAAAAAGUUAAUGGUUUGAAUAAGGAAGAUCCAUGUUUGAUAAAUGCAUCCAGCAAUUGGCCAAAUCAUCGUUGUUCUUCUGCCGUCUCUGUAGAUAACAAUAAACUUGUUAACAAUAAUAAUAAUUCCUCAUUCGUUUCCACAUUCGUCUCCUCCUUUUCAUCCUCAUCGACGUUGGCGAGUGUUGUUGGCAACAUUAACAACAACAAUAGUAGUAGUAAUGUUAAUAAAAACAUUAGUAAUGGUAGUAGAAGUAGUAGUUGUAGCUUAAGUGACAAAACCAAUGUGAUAAAAACCGAAGUUCAUGAUGUAGAGAACGAUGAAACAAACAUCAAUCGGCCGUCUUCUAUAGCUGCACCUGGAGACUCGAUGACAAGGGUUAUAAAGCAAGAACUUAUAGAUUCUUCGGCAGCUUCCAUAGGCUCGGCAGACGAUUCGAAUGAACCUUUGAGUAGUAUACAAAAAUUGAACACUACUUCGACAGCCGAUAUAAUGGAGGAUGAAGAGAAUGUUAAUCUGGCUCAAUUGAGUAAUCUAAUAAAGAUUAAGAAGGAAGUGGUUGAUGAGGCCGACAAGUUACUGUUGAGAAGAAGCAGUCGACUUCUACACACUACAUCUAGGCCAGGCAGUGAUGAUGAGGAUGAAGAAGUGUCCUGUUUCAACCAAAUGGCCGACGUUAUUAGAGUGAAACAUUUGAAGAGGAACAGAUCAACACCCUGCCCUAGUGAGGGUUUGAAGGGUGUAAAUAUUUUAAUAGAAGAUAUGGCCCGGGCCGACGAUGACGAAUUGUCUAUGCAGGGCGGUCUUUCACCCACUUCAUCACAACGCUUGGAUAUUUGCAAUGAACUGUUGUCGGAAAUACGUCGAGAUUGGCUGCACUUUCGUCCCAAAACCCCCACAGAGACCGAAAAGGAAGAUAGCUACUGGGGCUUGAAUAUGGAUUACAAGCUAAGCUCCCCCUUAGUCGAUUGGUCACAACACACUCCUAUAGCUGUAGAAAUGGUUAGAGAAACAUUGGAGGUUGAUGAAAACCACAAGUCGUCGGCUCGUUUGUGGAAAACAGAUUCGGAUAACGCCAGCUCAGCAUUUAUUAGUUCAGCCUUUAAGUACGAAGAUUUAGAAGCCGAUACUCAAUUGUUACAAAACUCCUAUUUGUCAGAUUUGACGCGAGGUGGUAGUAAAAGUCCAGAAGCAAAUAAUAGUGCGGCUUGUUUGGAUCUGAAUUUCAGCGGGGAUUCAUUGAAUGAUAUUAAUCUUCUUGGUGAUGGCGAUGACGCCGAUAUGUUGGACAACAUUCUGCAAGAAGUUCAAAUCGAUGAUAUUAAGACUCUAAAUCAGGCCACUAACUUCUGGAAUGGUAUUUUGGACGGCGAGAAUGUAGACGCCGAGGUCGAUGGUGAUGUUGAAGUUGCAGCCGGGCUGCUGGACGGCAUCGAUGACACGAAAAAAGGUGAUAGAUCAAUGGGUGGAAAGAAGGUUGCCAAAUUAAAAGGUGGCAAAAAAUCAUGCGCCCUCUUAGCUCCAGUAGGUAGUUCCACAUUCAAUUGUUCUCCUCUAGAAAAAGAAAUUGUUACAGAUGAAACAUUCUUUAAGAAAGAUGAGCCCAAACGAGUGGUCGAAGAAAUCGAAGCAGAAGUGGCGAUAAAAUCUGAACCCAUAGAGGUAAAAGAAACCAAAUCCAAUGUUGUUGUUGGGGUUCAUCCAAGAAUAACUAAUAUUCAACAACCGCAGCUGGUGCCAAUGACACCGCUGAUAAUGACUUCGUCCGUUAAUACACUUAAUUUAAAUUCUCAUCGCGAAUUAAUGCAGGUUGACCACCAACAACACAACACUACCGCCACUCCUACACCAAUGAUUAUUACACAAACACUGCAGCAGCAACAUACACAUCAACCUCAAAUUCAACAACAACAGCAGCAGCAACAACAACAACAACAUUUAGUUGCUCAUUCCACACCAGUACAAGUAGUUGGAAAUGCUAUUUCAUUAAAUCAAAAUGAAUCGUUGGUAGUACAGCAAAAUCAACAACAUCAUCAGAUACAAACAACUUCUACGUCGAAUCAUCCCUCUACUGCACCUCAUCCCACACAAACCCAACAACCACAGCAACAUCAGCAGCAGCAGCAACAACUUACCACGAUCCAAGUGUUACAACAACCGACUACACAACAAAUUCGCAAUGUUACCGUACAGCAGCUACACCAACUGCAGUUGCAACAGCAACAACAGCGUAAGUUGCAGCAACUUCAGCAACAAAAACUGCUCUUGCAACGAGAUCUCGUCAAUACAUCCAGCGCUCCAGUCUUAGCCCAAUACGUCCCAACAUCAUCGGUCACAACAGCAGCCACAAUAAUGCGCCAACCCACACUAACCCCAAUCGGUGCAUCGUCUGUGAAUAAUGCUGGCGGACAAAUGAUUUAUACAACAUCAUCCGGUGAAAUGAUAGCGGCCGGUUCCCAAAAGAUUUACCUACAAAAGGCUCCCGUUUCCGUUACUUCAGGCACUCAGGGUGUUAAUAUCAUUAAUACAAGUAGUGGUCAACAAUUAACAGUACAAAAUAUUGCCGGUGUUCAACACAUAAGUUCGGCAGCGGGCGGCAAUGGUUCGACUUCGACUGGACCCUUAAUCGUUACGACUUCAGCACGUAAUGCCGUUCAGCAAUUGUCUCAACAACAGCAGCAACAACUGGUCGGUCAGGCUACGCAACAAAUUGUUUGGCGGCAAAUAGGUUCAACAAAUGUUACGACCACUCCGGCUGGUAUGUUAACGGGAACCACCAACGCCGAUGGUACGGUUGCCGGAACGGGUAAUAAAAUUGUUUGGACAAGUCGACCGGCACAGAAGAGGCAGCUAAAUGGUCCCGAUAGCACAGACAUCAACAAGUUGCUAUUAAAUCGUAAAUUUUCACAACGAAAAAUUGUACAACAACAACCGCAAUUGCUGCAACAUCAACAAUUGCAACAACAACAACAGCAGCAGCAAACUCAAGAUGAUGACAUGUCCAGUGGAAAUGUAACAAUGAGUGGACAGGAUGCUACAACAACUACUUCUGUAACGUAUAAUACACAACAACACCACCAGCAGCACCAGCAACAACAGCAAAUCCAAAAACUACCUGGUGGAAAAGUUAUUAAAAUGCCCUCCUUCCCUCUACUAGUCUCUGAAGUCAAUCUGCAGCAACAUCAACAACAGCAGCAACAACAGCAGCAGCAGCUGCAGCAAAAGCAUAAUACAGCUGCUGCCAUAGCAGCUAAUCAUAAUUACAGCUUACAACCAACGGCGGCAAUAAUAACAUCGCAAGCCUCACAACAGGGCAAUAAAAUAUAUUUAACCACAAGUUCUAGUGGAGGAGCAGCCACAAAUUUCACAAUUACAAAUGCUUCAGAAUUGCAGACGGCAGCACAAAAACUACAACAGACAAAUAAUUCAAAUUUGAAAUUAAAUUUUGUUGCCACAAAUCCGCAACAACAGGGCCUGCAGCACCAACAGCAAACUCAGCAACAGACAGUGGUAUUAAAUAAAGCUACCAUGCAGCAACAACACCAACUAUUGCCCCAACAAUUGAUACAACAAACGGGCAAAUUGAAAAGGGAACGAAUAUUAAAUAUUAUAGGGGCCGCACAAGUGGACGGCAACACAAACAGUACGUCUGGGGUGGCCACCUCGGUGGGCUCCAGUACGGGUGAUAACAACAAAAGAGUAUUGUAUACCAGUUUGUUGAAUGUAAAACCGUUGCAAAAGAAUAAUGCUGGCCAAAUGCAGGUACAAAUUGGUCCUCAAGGUAUGACUCAUGCUGUUUUACGUAGCCGCAUAGCCAACAAUCAGGCCAUAUUCGCCAAUAUGCGAACAGUGCCCGUUGCUACCGUCUCAGCGGCAAGUAAUAACAGCCACAACAAUACAACAUCAGCGGGAGCUGGAACUGCCACACUGCAAGUUGUUUCACAGUCCACGCAACUAAAUUCAAAUAUCACCUCCCACACAACCAGCCACCUGGGCGCCACUCUAAAUACGCUUAGUAAUAAUAAUAACAGCGAUGGUAAUUUCCACAUGCAACAGCACUCCUCGUCGUCAUCUUCAUCGCUGGGAGGAGACUUAAAUUCAUCAUCCACUUCACUUCAUACAUCCCUCAGUCAUUCUGCUAGUGAUCUUAAAUCCGCCAACAAUGUUUUAAAUAUGGAAAAUGUAUCAUCAAUCGUUAGUGGCCUAAAUAAUUCAAAUAGUGCAGCAUCGGUAAAUAGUAGCUCUUCAUCAAAUGGUUCUUCCGCCAACAUCAACAACACAACGACAUUAAUGGCAAAUUCAAAUAAUAUUCAAACCACAAACAACAACAACAACAGCACUACCACGACAAUCAAUAGGUGAGACGAGGCAAGAUAACUACCAUUCAGGGUCUUCAAAACAAUGGAUAUUCAACAAAUAAUCAAUGUAAAUAUCAAAGAUGUGGCGAAAACUUGGUUAAAAUUUAACAAAAGUCGUCGCCCAAACGAUAAAGAAAGAGAUGCGAACAAGAAUAAGAAGAACAAUAACAACAAGAAGAGUUUUACAAAUAUAGAGCAAUUGUUUGCUGCUGUUUGAACUAUUUGAGAGACAAUAAAAUAAAACUUUUGUGUACUACAACAACAACAACAAUAAUAACUACAAAAUACCAUUCCACAUGAAUACAGUUUUAGAAAACAACAAAAAACCAAAAAAAAAAAAAACAAAUUAAAUAAAAUAGGAGAAACAGCCAUAUAUAAUAUAUACAACGUAUGUAUGCAUGUUUUAAGCCAGUAAUUUUAGUGAAAGAUUAACGCUGGUUUAACAAACACAUUUUUAUUUAAAUUUUAGGAAGCGCUGUGAACAAAUUAGGAACGGCUUGUUUUUCUGAAUUUUUUAUUUUUGACUUUUUUUUUGGUUUUUCAAAUCAAAAUAUCAAAACAGAUUUCUUGGUAAAUUACAAGAGAACACACAAAUAAAACGCUUUUUUAUUUAUAUACAAAUCAUAAUAAUUAUGAAAUACAUAGUAAUGAGCCUAACAAAAGAAACAAAAACUACAAACAGGUGAUUUUUCAAUAAAACAAAAUUAAACAGACGGGAGAGAGAGUAAGAGGAUUUUGCGAUUUUCUUUGUUUUAAAUUUUUCAAAUUAAAGAAGCUUUUUUUAUAAAACUUGUGAACAAAUUGCAUACAUUUUAAAAUAAAACUAUUAGUAGCAACUCUUUAACGUUUUUUUUUUUGCAACAGAACGUAGUAAUAGGUUUUCGAAUUUGUCGACUUUGGAUCGAACCUUUAGAGAUGAAUGGCUGGGCUUGCCUAACCUUUCUCUAAAAAUAUAGAAAUAUUGUUUUAGUUUGUUAACUUAACUUUCACAUGAUCUAUAGCUAAAAAGCAGACAGGUUCUAAACACAACCUAACUAGAACUUAAUGAUUUACUAAUUAAAGUGUUUAUAUUGUAUGUGAAUCUAAAUUUACUGAAAACCAUUUGAUAUUACAAAUGAAAUAUAUUGAUUUCAUAUGCAAUUUUGUAAAAGAAAUAUUUCAAAAUUAUCUUAAAAUUUAUCUUAAAAAAUAAUUUAACAAUUUGAAACUACUUAAUACUAUCGAUCACUCGCAUGAUUUAAAAAUAACAUGAUCUUUAAAAUUUUGUUUUUUAAAGUACUGUUUUUAUACAACUUUUUAAACACAUCGCUUACUUACUCUCAAUACUCUGUCUGCCUGUCUGUCCUUAACACAUUUUCAUACACCUUUUUAAGAUUAUUUUUUUCAUUUUUUCACUCAUCCCCAACACUCACUCACUCACUCACUAACUAACUCAUCCACUCACCCAAUAAACAAACAAAGGAAACAAAAAGAUAAUGAAUAGUUCUUAUGAGACAAGAUUUGUGUUAGCAUUGUAUGAUAAAAACAACCAACAAAAACAAAACUUUAGUAUAUAAAAAAACAAAAACAAAUUAGAUUUUCUUUGUAAUUUUUAAUUUUUAUCAUUUAAUGUUAAAAUGGAAAAAUUAAACAAAAACACUAUAAUAUAAUAAAAACCCCCCUAUAUAAAUAUAUAAUAAUAAUAAUAUAAACAAAACCUUACAUUUAUGCUUAAACAAAUGUAUAAAAUUAUAAUAGUUAUAAUAAUAUUGAUAAUAUAAUAAUAUAUGAAGUAAAAAUUAACUUAAAACAACUCUCCUACUCUUCAUCUCUUCACAAAAACAACAAAAAAAAAAACAAAUACUUUUUUCCUUCUCUUUAAAUGUUAAAAAGGAAAAAAAACAAAUAUAUGAAUAAACAAUUUUUUAUAUUGUUAAAUCUUAAUAAAGAUCUUAUUUUCAAGAUCUUACUUUUCUUUUUAUUUUAUUAUUUUUUAUUUUAAUUUCGUUUUCUUAAAAAAGUAAUACAUUUUUAUGGUUAUAAUCCCAGCUGUUUUUUAUUAUUAUAUUUUUUUCUUCGUUCACAUUUUUGUUUACCACAGGAAAAGAAAGCUAGCAAGAGAGACAGGAAAAUCACAAAUAAGCUUUAAUCGGCUCUUGUUAUUUCCUCCCCCUCUUGCUCUCUCUAGUUCCUGUUAAAAUUUCAUUAUUUAAUUUGAACAGAAAAUAUCUCAAAAUAAAAUUAUAUUACUUUUUUUUUUAUAAAAAUAUAUAAAUCUUAUGAUUAUUAAUGUACAUAGUUAGUUUUAAUAUAAUUAAUAAUAAAUAAAAAAACCAACAAUUAAGUUUAAUUUUACAUUAAAAAAAAGAUAAAAGUAUGUAUUAAAUAAUUAUAAAAAAUACAGAUACAAACAUUAAAAAAAAAACUGAUAUAAAAAAAACAAUUGAAAACACACAAUUUUGUGAUUCUUUUUUUCGCACCAAAAUUAUUUGAAAAAUAUUUCUUAUCUUUUGGUUUAUCAAGUAAAACAUUGCUUAUUAUAGGCGUUCGUUAAGAUUUUUUAAAAUAUUGUAUUUAUGUAGACGGUUGAAUGUAAAGAAAAAAAUUACGGACAAAGUUUUUACAUAUAUAAAAAAAUAAAUAUUUGGAUCAUUUCAGGAAUACUAAAUAA